CGCGUUAUCGUUAAUUCCAGGUAACGCUCGGUCCAAUGAGGGAACCGAUCUGAUGUUUACUCCUAGAAACAGGACUUUUUAAAAACAGAGACCGCUAGCUCUCCUGUGACAAGGUUCGUCCGAGACGAAGGCGCGAUUUACACCGGAACACAGGGAAGAUAGAGCCAGAAACUCGUGUGGAGAAUGAACUAUAUUACAGUUGUUAACACCUUGACUUUUUGUAUUCUUUUUGCCAUUGGAGGAAUACUCUCAAAAAGUUUAUACGCAGACAGUGGCUCCCCGCAAUGCUCCCCAGGCUGGCUCCUGGAUGAGGAGACGGGGAGGUGCUACACGGCCCUCCCGGACACGUCGGACCUGCCGUCCACACAGGACCGGAUCGACUAUUGCUGGACACAGCACAGCGCACACUACCGUUACGGCGCAUGCGUGAAAGAUGCUAACACGGCGACGUCAUGCGGAGGUGGGUGGUCUACCCUCGACUACAGCCAGUGUGUUCUCUACAACACCCUCAAGCUGAACGACUCCGCCUUCUCCUCGCUGUGCGCGCGGCUCCAGGGUCAAUUCCAGAGGGUGGACGACGGAGAAACAGCCUGUGUUAAACCUCUUCAAGAGAUCUUAGCAGACGACAGACAACUGACUGACAAGAUUCCAUUUCAGUGGAAGCGAGCGUUUGGAAACUCUGGCUUUGGCAGAAAGUAAACGACCACGUGUUCGCAUUACUUCAUUUGGACAGUUACAAAAGACAGAAAUAAUAAAGAUUCACGUCCUUU